AUGCGGGGUUUGUUGAAGCUUGCCGGCGCGGCAUGCGUGCUGGGCCAUGUGGCAGAUGCUGCCAUCAAUAUCAACUUCGACCAAGACCAGUCCAUUAAGGAUGGAGCGAGCACAAUUGCAUUUGGCCUGUUGAAGUACUACACGGGGAACAACACCGGCGAUGUCCCGGGAAACCUACCUGACCCCUAUUUCUGGUGGGAAGCCGGAGCGAUGUUUGGCACAAUGGUGGACUACUGGCGCUUGACAGGGGACUCGACAUACAACGACGUUACGACGCAGGCGAUGCUUCACCAGGCCGGCGACGAUGCCGACUUCAUGCCGAGGAACCAGACGAGGACGGAGGGAAACGACGACCAGGGGUUCUGGGCGAUGGCGGCCAUGAGUGCAGCAGAGAACAACUUCCCGAACCCACCAAAAGACCAGCCGCAAUGGUUGGCACUCGCCCAGGCCGUCUUUAACGAGUACGUCAGCCGCUGGGACCCGGAAACGUGCGGGGGCGGCCUGCGGUGGCAGAUCUUCACCUUCAACAACGGCUUCAACUACAAAAACUCCAUCUCGAACGGCUGCUUCUUCAACAUCGCGGCUCGGCUGGCGCGGUUUACGGGCAACCAGACGUACGCGGACUGGGCGGAGAAGGUUUGGGACUGGGAAACUACCGUCGGCCUGAUCACGCCGGACUUCAAGAUCUACGACGGCGCCACGAUCGACGACGCCAAGACUUGCACGAAGAUGGACACGAUCCAGUGGUCGUACAACGCUGGCAUCUUCAUGCACGGCUCCGCGGCCAUGUACAACCUGACGAACGACCAGAAGUGGCUCACCCGCACCGAUGGCAUCCUCACCGAGGCGACGGGGCUCUUCUUCAACAACAGCGCCAUGUCGGAGCACGCCUGCGAGCCCUUCCGGCUGUGCGACAACGACCAGCAGAGCUUCAAGGGCUACCUAACGCGGUGGAUGGCCGGGACGGCGCAGCUGGUGCCCAGCAUGUUCGACCGCAUCAUGGGCCUCCUGCGGCCCAGCGCCGAGGCCGCCGUCGCGGCGUGCAAUGGAUCCCCCGCGACCGGGUACAAGGGGCCCGCCGGCACGGCAUGCGGCUUCCAGUGGGCGGAGAAGGGCAAGUUCGACGGCCUGGUCGGCGUCGGCGCACAGAUGAAUGCUCUCAGCGCCUCCAUGUACAUGCUCGUCAAGAAGGCCGACACCAAGACGGCGCCGGUGACGGCCGACACGGGAGGCACGUCCGUCGGCAAUGCCAACGCCGGCAUGAGCACGCAGCCCAAGAUCCCCACGCUAGCUCCGAUCGAAACCAAGGACAGGGUAGCCGCCGCCUUCGCCACGACAGCCGUCACCUUGAGCAUCGUGGCAGGGUGCGUCUUCCUCAUAAAGUGA